UGAGCAUGCGCAUGAGACUGAGCUAAGCCAGUUAUCAAAGAGUAACACAAACCUUUGGCUGCAACUUUAAGAAGCUGCAACCUGCAACUAAACUGUUGCUCUGUACAUCGGUCCUGUGUUUCUGCUUCUGUACAUUUGCUGGCCACCAGCGAACUUUACAGACAGUAGGUAAGACACUUGUUUAAGAGCAGUUAGCAUCAGUUAGCUCUAGGCUAAUGUUAAUUAGUAGGGCAGCAGGCUAAGUGAAUCAGUUCUCCCUGUUUGCUGCAGUUUUAUUGAUCAGUAAAGACUCUGGACUCUGAGAUCUGCGAACCUGCGAACUUGCGAUGUUGUCAGUCAUUGUCAGGUCAACUCUCACCAAAUACAGGGGUUUGUGGGUGCCCAGUCAGUCUGUGGUCAGAGCCAUGUCGUCUUCAGCUGCUCCCACCUCUCCUUACACCACCCUGGCCAUCAGCCACCCGGCAGAGUCUGUCACACAUGUGGAGCUUCACCGGCCUGAGAAACGCAAUGCCAUGAACAAAGCCUUCUGGAGUGAGAUGGUGGAUUGCUUUAAUGAAAUAGCCGGAGACCCGGACUGCAGAGUGGUGGUGGUUUCUGGAGCAGGGAAGAUCUUCACAGCUGGUAUUGACCUGAUGGACAUGGCCAGCGACGUACUCCAGCCACAGGGCGACGACACGGCCAGAGUUUCCUGGAACCUCAGACAAAAGAUCGCCAAGUAUCAAGAGACAUUCUCCGUCAUAGAGAAGUGUCCAAAGCCUGUUGUGGUGGCCGUCCACGGAGCCUGUGUCGGAGGAGGUGUUGACUUGAUCACAGCCUGUGACAUCCGCCUGUGUACCCAGGACGCCUGGUUCCAGGUCAAGGAAGUUGAUAUCGGGCUUGCAGCAGACGUUGGGACUCUCCAGAGACUUCCUAAAGUCAUUGGUAGCAGCAGCCUGGUGAACGACUUGGCUUUGACCGCCAGGAAGAUGUAUGCAGAUGAAGCCAAGAGCAGCGGCCUGGUCAGCCGAGUGUUUGCAGAUAAGGAGGCCAUGAUGGCCGGAGCUCUGGAGAUGGCCGAUGAGAUUGCUGCUCGCAGUCCUAUAGCUGUGCAGGGCACCAAAAUCAACCUCAUCUACGCCAGAGACCACAGUGUGGCAGAGGGACUGGACUACAUGGCCACGUGGAACAUGAGCAUGCUUCAGACUCAAGAUGUGAUGAAAUCCGCUCAGGCUGCCAUGGAGAAGAAGAGUCCAAAGACAAUAGCCUUCUCCAAACUCUGAACCUCACUGAGGCACAGUUCAGAUAUAACACAAUUGUGGCCUUUCUGUGGGAAGGGGAUCCAGUCUGUUCUACUCUGAGCUUUUAACACCCCCGUUUUGUACAUCUGUAAAUGACUUCAUGAAUGUUUUACCUUAUUAAAAAGAAACUCAUUUGAAAGUUA